AUGGUCUUCCUCCAGGUCAUCUCCUGUUUCGGCCUCUCCGUGGUGUCGUGCCGCUACGUGGGCUUCGCCGUGGUGGCGCUGUUGGUGGAGAUCAACUCGGUGUUCCUCCACCUCCGGCAGGUCAUGCGCAUGUCCAGCAUGGCCGCGGGAACGCUGUACCGGGUGAACAGCAUGACCAACCUGGGCACGUACGUGGUGUUCCGCAUCAACACGCUGGCCUGGAUGACGCGCUGGCUGGUGCUCAACAGGGACAAGGUGCCGCUGCUGGCCUACACGCUGGGCAGCGUGGGCAUGGCCAUCAUGACCGCCAUGAACAUCGUGCUGUUUUAUCGGCUGCUCGGGAGCGACUUUUUGAAGGGCAGCGCUCGGGAGGCAAGGAAGAUGUAG